CUGCACGCUGAGCACCUGCGCUGUCCACUGUCCAUUGAAGUAGAGAGAAGAACAUAGCAGAUGAUGGUGAGCAUCACGCCGACAGUUCUAAGCACAAUUCAUGCAUUUAUCGCCCUCUGCGUCGUCUGUCAAUAUUUCCUCAAUGGCCAACGCAAAUUCGGUGGUCAAUGCAAGAAUGAGCACUCCCGCGACAGUAGAAGAAGCGGAUUCGGCUGUGUAUCGCCGCCUGUUCCUCCUCCUCCUCCCACUGUUCAAUUCUCAAUUGCAGACACAUGCUGGUGCCUGGAACGCUUCAGGCCCAAGCAUGGGCCCCGUGACCCCGCUACGCUCUCCACAUUCGCAUAUUCUCUUAGUUCAUUGCCUCCGUAAUGUAGAGAGCAUCUCGCGCGAUCUCUAUUUCAAGGCCGACCGGCUCUCCUCUCCACUCUCCUGCUAUGGCCCCGCGAAGCAGCAGCCCAACGUCAUCUCCGGGCUGGACGAAUCACCUGAAGAGCUCUGCGUGAAGGCCUUCCUCGCCACCAAGGCAGGCACGUUUUUCACGGGCCUCUCUGAAGGUGCGGGACAGAUGAAAUAUGAAGCAGAUAAGAUCGCAGCGGCAGAACAGACUUUUGCGAAUGCACGUAUGAAUGUGAAGCAGGUGUAUGAGCAGGCCACGCGUAACAUUCCCUCGCGUUCGGCGGUGGAUCCGGCUUUGGCACGUCAACAUUUGGCUCUGACUGCGUUUUGGAAGCCUGCGCAGGCAACGUCUGCGUUUGGGAGUGGAUCUGCACUUGGCCAACCGGCACAAAGUGCCUCUGCGUUCGGCCAGCCUGCUCAGAGCACAUCUGCAUUUGGACAGCCCGCUCAGAGCAUAUCUGCGUUCGGACAACCAGCGCGGAGUGCAUCGGCUUUCGACCACCCACAGACCACGUCCGCGUUCGGUCAACCUUUCCAAACUACGACUGCAUUCGGCCAACCUGCCCAAACUACGUCCGCAUCUGGCCAGCCAGCACAGCCAUCAUCAAUACCAUUCGGACAAGCAUCAACCACCACAACAUUCGCGUUCGGCCUAACAGCAUUCGCUCAAUCCUCUCUCAUCAAGCCAGCAACACGUGAGAUGCGAACGUCGCCACUUGAUUGA